AUGUCGUUUGUUGUGCCUCAACACGUAUUCCUUCCUCCUUCCCUCUUUUUCUUCAUCCCCACCCAUCAGAGGCAGUGGGUUCAUCGUCAGCAACACUCAGCAGCUGGCUGGCUCCGACCAAGGCUCAUGUCUUUUGAGGCGCCUCAGCACUUAUUCGUCCCCUUCUUCCCUCCGGUCCUCCACUCCCACCCACCAGCGGCAGCGGGUUCAUCCUCUGCAGCAGCACUCGCGGCUGGUUCUCACCAAUGCUCAUGUCGUUUGAUGCGCCUCAACACUUAUCCCCCCCUCCUCCCCACCUUUUCUUCACCCCCACCCACCAGCGGCAGUGGAUUCAUUGUCAGCAGCGUUCAACGACUGGUUCUCACCAACGUGCACGUGGUGGAUGGUGCAGCGAGAGUGACAAUCUCCCAUCCCUCACUCCCACCCCACCUAUCCCUCCCUUCUUGUCAGCUGCUUCUUCCUGGCGGUCGUUGCUUUGUUACCGGGACUUCCGCGGGCCUGGCAGUGCUACUGCUUCUUCCCGACAGUCGUCGCUUUGCCACUCAGUCAACCGCACUGCAUCCCUCUGCAGACCUCGCAGUGCUUAAGAUAGUGCUGCUGUCAGUCACGUCAAGGCUGCAUACCAAAGGGCCACCAGCCAGCCCUCUUUCCAGCCUGCAAGGGGUUGAAGAGCCGGCUGUAGCAAGAGUGAAGAGUGAGUUGGCUGUAGCAAGAGUGAAGAGUGAGUUGGCUGUAGCAAGAGUGAAGAGUGAGUUGGCUGUAGCAAGAGUGAAGAGUGAGUUGGCUGUAGCAAGAGUGAAGAGUGAGUUGGCUGUAGCAGAAGAGGAGGGGACAGGGUGGUCGGCAGCAGACAGUGUUGGGUCAGCUAAGGAGAGGGUUACUGUGCAUGGUUGCAGAGGAGGGGGGUCGCGGGAAGGGGUUGGGGAGCGUUUGAUCAAGGGGGAAUGGGAUGAGAACUCAUUUGUGGCGGUCAUAUUUGGGGAAGCGAGAGGAGGAGAGCAAGAGAGAGGAGGGGAGAGUGGAGGGAAAGGCGAUGGAGAGGAGGGAGAAAGGCAAGGGAAUGGAGGGGAGAGAGGAGGAGGUCAGAGGGAUGGAAGAGAGGAAGGAGCGGGCAACAGGGAAGAGGAGUGGCUGCCCUGUGCGCCCAUUGGUGACAGUGAUGACAUGGAGCUUGCUGAUUGGGUGAUCUUGGUGGGCAAUCCCGUGGGGCUACCUGGCAGCAUCAGCCUGGGCGUGAUUAGCAGCCUGCACCGCACUGCUGCUCAGGUGGGAGUGCCACACUCCUCGCUGCACUUCUUCCAAAUAGACUGUGCCAUCAACCCGGGAAGCUCAGGUAGUCCCCUUGUGAACGAGUUCAAGAGGUGCGAGUGCUGCUCUCGUGCUGCUCUCAUGCUGAACAAGAAGGUUGGUGUGUGCCCACUGCGCUCCGAUCGGUAUAGAGCUGCUUUUCUGUAA